CAUCUAUCUGCUCACAUUCUUCUGUCAACGCCGGUCGCCGCCUAGAUGGGUCACCUGACUUGCCUCCGCCCUCCUCCACUCUCGUCUCAGAUUUGACUCCAAAGCCAAGUAGUAGGUAGCAGCAGCAGUCCCGUGCCACCAUGAGCUGGAUGGGGAUGCGGGGGUUGGGUGAGGAGAGCCUGCACUGGUGGAGAAAACGGAUGAGGACUAGCCGCCGGAGAUAGCGCCGCCGGAGGUAGCGCCGCCGCGUCCAGUUCGACCGUGCGUCCUGCAAGCACGGAGACUUCUUCAACCGUGUGGCCAUCUGGGCGGGCCACGAUCUAACCACACCCAAUCUCUUCAGUGGCGUUUCAAGUGUGACCCAUUGGAGCAAGAGAAGGCAGAAGGUGUUUCGGAGGAGAACUUGACUAGGAAAGUGAAACAGAUGCUACAUGAGGAAAAGGCGGCAGCCAUCAAAAGAUUACAAAAGAAGGGAAAAUUGCCUAUAGAACUAACAGAAGUGGAUGAGGACGGUAAUCGUUGGCCAACUAAGGAAGCUUUAAUUUCUGCAAAGAGAGUUGACUUCAGUACCGAUGUUGGUUGGCGUCUACUAUGUGAGCACUGGAGUAGUGCUGAAUUUAUAAGGUUAUCUUUAACCAACAAGAGGAACAGGCUGGCGAAUGGGGACACCGUCUUCCAUUGCAGUGGUGCGAGAAAUGCUGUGGCCACACGUCAAUUUCUGAAACUCAAAACUGGGAAAGACCCUGGAAUAUCUGGUGCUUGGCUUCACACGCACAAUUUGUAUCGAGGGACUGAUCAAGAACGGAUAUGCAGUCAAAGAACUGCUGAUCGUUGGGAGGAUUUUGAUAAAGCAAUGAAAAAUGCCCACGGAGAAAAUUGGGAAGAGGAGCACCCAGAUUUAGAUGGACAAAUCAUAUAUGAAGCUGCAGGUAGAAUGCCACAUGGCAGGCUAGGAAUUGCUAAUGAGUUAUUUAGCAAAGAAGAGAAGGUGAAGUUUAAGUUUAAAAGGGUGAUGGCCUCAGAACCGGUGCAGUCUGCUAGGGAGGACCGUCUAGAAAGAGAGAACAAACAUUUGAAGCGGGAGAACAAGCGUCUUCGUGGCAUUGAGCUUGUUGUGCAGUCUUUGGCUGAGAAAGGGGGAGUGGACUUUGAUGGCAUAAUGCAACCAGCUGCAGCUGACUUGUCCACAUCAGACUCUGAAGGCGGAUUUCGAAGGGGGCCAGGUGAUGUCCGUCAACAUGGAAGUGAAAAGGGAAUGGGUAGCAGAACUGGAGGUAGUACAAGUCAUGGAAAUGAUGAUGAGGAUGACUACUAUGACAAUGAGGGAGAUGAUAACUAUGGCGAGGAUGAUCUGUAUGGUGAUGAGCAAUAUGAUAACUAUGGUGAUGAUGGAUAUAAUGACUAUGAAGAUGGCGGAUAUAAUGACUAUGGUCAUGGCGAUGUUGAUUGGCCAUAAAAGUGUAGUGAUCUUCAAGUCAUGGCAAAAUGAAUUUAUGUUAGAUAUUUGAAACACUUUAUCUUAUGGACAAAUUUGUCUUAGUGGACAAUUUAUCUUUGUGCAAAACAUGACCUUGUUCUACAUUUGACAUUUGAUGAUUAUGGUUAAUGCAAUGUGCUUGUGUAUGAAAUGUA